UAUGAUAUUAUAUAUACUAAUGAUUACCGACACAAUUCACAUCCAUCAAAAAACUAUCCAAAACAAAAAAAAAGUAUAAUCCAAAACAUUUGAAAGCACAUUAAAUUAAAAGAUGGGAAAAGUGCAAGUUUAUGGGUUUUGGGUUAGUCCAUACAGCAAGAGAGUGGAAAUAGCCCUUAAAAUGAAGGGUAUUGAUUAUGAAGUUAUAGAGGAAGAUCUUCAAAACAAGAGUGAACAAUUAUUAAAGUAUAAUCCUGUUCAUAAAAAGAUACCGGUUUUGGUACAUGAUGGAAAUCCCAUUGUUGAGUCAUUACUAAUUUUGGAAUACGUUGAUGAAGUUUGGAAAACCAAUCCUCUCUUGCCUACUAAUCCUUAUCAAAAAGCCUAUGCUCGUUUUUGGGCUCGUUUUAUCGAUGAUAAGAUAACACCGACGGUAAAAACUGCUCUUAUGACUGAAGGAGAAGAAAGUGAGAAAGCAUUAGAAGAACUCCAUGAGCUUCUCAACAUCCUUGAAAAUGAGAUAAAAGGAAAGAAGUUUUUUGGAGGAGAAAACAUUGGAUAUUUGGACAUAGUUGCUUCAAUGAUAGCCUUUUGGAUCCCAUGCUUGCAAGAAGUUUUACACAAAGAGGUUAUUACAAAAGAGAAGUAUCCAUCAAUUUGCAAUUGGACUAAUGAGCUCUUAGCUUGUAGUGUUGUCAAUCAAAACUUGCCUAAUAAGGAGAAAUUGCUAGCAUUCUAUAGAGCUCGUUUUGCCAAUAAAAGUUAAAAUGCCCACAAUUAACUACAUUGGAUCCUCAUCUACUAUCUUUAAGCCAUUCUACUUAUCCCCUCUCUUGUUAAUUAAAAACUCGUUUCAACUAAAGUGAUAUACGUUUUUAGCUUGUGCCUUGUUGUGCAAGGUUAAGUUUGUUAUUGAAAUAAAAUUUUAAUAUGAGUUAUCAGAUAUUAUCUUAGUUGGAGUAUGUAUUGUUUUUCUUCAAGUUUAUUUUACCUUGUUUUGAUUUGCAUUGAGCCUCCUCUACAGUCCUACCCUUCCCUUAGCCUACCAUGUACCGAUAUAAACGUGUUGACUUGUUCUAGAGUAGGAAGUUAGAAGAUGUUCCUAAGAUAUAAUUAUUUUUCAUAUUAAGGUUAAGGGUAUUCAUUCAUAAGUUGUUUGAUGUAGCAUACUAUCAAAUAUAAAUUCUGAUCAAAGUUUAACUUUAAAAAGGAUCGUAUAAAGACUUAAUAUAUGUUUUUUUAAGUUU